CGCUAGUCCUCAAAAUUAGGCGUGGAAUGAGCUGCAAUUCUCAUUUUGCUGGGAGUCUUUUGGACUCAAACUUCUGCAUUGCAAACUUUUGUCCUGCACGGACCUGACAAUGAUUACGUCACUGCAACUAUGACUAUCAGCAAUGAGAAGAACGUUGCUGACGUCCAUGUCCGUUCUGGCAUGUACUCCUCUGACACUAUUUUUGACUACAGUCAUGGAUAUGUUGCAACAAGGCUGUUUUCACGAAAUGCUUGCUUUAUUUUGAAAAUAUCUGAGGCUUCCAUCCCAGAGCUGCAAGAAAUUGGACGCCUGGCUUUUGAGAAAAAGACUAUGAAGAAAGUGUAUUCUCCACAAAACGUGUGGGUACAGUUUCAAGCCAGCAAUUCCCUGUUUGGAGAUAUCAAGGAUUGGUUUCUCUAUGGUAAACCCAUUGAACAACUCUGCAAGGGUCUGCCUCUCUACAAGCUUGUGAAGACUGAACAACCACUACUGAAUUCUCAUAGCUGUGCCAGCGCAGGAAUUCCAACCAUUCUGGGCAUCAAUAUCUGUGAAAGCCUCCAAAAAUCCUAAUUUUUACGGUU